GCGGCCCCGGGUGCUGGGGAACCACGUGGAAGCGGCGGCCGCCGCCUGUUUUCUGCGCUGCGGACGCGGCUCCGUCCCACCCCCGAGGCCGGGCAUGGCGACGGCGGCGAAGCGGCCCAAGCAGGUGGCUGCAGGGGGCAGCCCUGCAGAGGACGGCAGAGCUGACCCCCUUUCUGGCUUCCUGGAUUGGUGUGAGAAGGUCGGGUUGGAGCUCAGCCCAAAGGUCUACGUGAGCAAAGAGGGCACGGUGUCAGACUACGGCCUGUUGGCCAGAGAGGACCUCCAGAUCGGAGAAGUCCUCUUCACCGUUCCAAGAGCCGCGCUCCUGUCCCAGCACACCACCUCCAUCCGGUCCCUCUUGGAAAAAGACCAAGCGUCCCUGGAGAGUCAGUCUGGCUGGGUGCCUCUCCUUCUGUCUUUGCUGCAUGAAUACACGGCCAGCAACUCCCACUGGCGUCCCUACUUCUCGCUCUGGCCUGACUUCAGCAGCCUGGAUCACCCCAUGUUCUGGCCUGAAGAAGAGAGGGUGAGGCUCCUACAAGGCACUGGCAUCCUAGAAGCGGUGAACAAAGACUUGGCCAACAUCCAGCUGGAGUACACCUCCAUCAUCCUGCCCUUCAUGGAGUCCCACCUGGACCUCUUUGACCCCAAGCUGCAUACGCCGGAGCUGUACCGGAGGCUGGUGGCGUUCGUCAUGGCCUACAGCUUCCAGGAGCCCCUGGAUGAGGAAGACGAGGAUGAGAAGGAGCCCAACCCGCCCAUGAUGGUGCCCAUGGCUGACAUUUUGAAUCACGUGGCCAAUCACAAUGCCAACCUGGAAUAUUCCCUGGAGUGUUUGAAAAUGGUCACCACGCAGCCCAUCAGCAAAGGCCAAGAGAUCUUCAAUACCUACGGCCAGAUGGCCAACUGGCAACUCAUGCACAUGUACGGCUUUGCUGAGCCGUACCCCGGCAACACGGACGACACUGCCGACAUCCAGAUGGUGACGGUGCGCAGGGCUGCCCUGCAGGGUGCCAGCACUGAAGUGGAGCGGCAGCUUGUCUCUGAGCAGUGGGAUUUCCUUUGCCAGCUGGAGAUGGUGGGGGAAGAAGGAGCCUUUGUGAUUGGCUGGGAGGAAGUGUUGACGGAGGAAGAGCUCUCCAUGACAUUGAAGGUGCUGUGUAUGGCUGCAGAGGAAUUCAAAGAGUUUAAAGAGCAUGAGGGCUGGGAAGAAGACACAGAGGAUGAAGAGAGCUUUACUUUGUCUAACGAGACAAUACCCAGACUCAAAGCCUCAUGGAAGAAGCUUCUCCAUGACAGUGCACUGCUGACGCUGGAGUCUUACAGCUCAGACCUGAAAGCAGAGCAGGACUUGCUAAAUGACAAGGUGGCUUAUGGCAAACUAAGCCUGAGAGAGCAGCAGGCCUUGCAAGUGCGCUAUGGGCAGAAGAGGAUCUUGCACCAAUUGCUGGAGCUGACUAGCUAGCAGAGGCUGAACUGGGACUUGCAGCCUUUGUAUAAAGCAAACCUUGCACUCUCACCCCCACUGUCAGGAUGGAUGGGGUGGCCACUUGUAUUCAGGAAGACCAGAGGGUGAGAGUUGAUUUGGACCCAGUUAUUCCUGAUAUUUCUGUAGUGGCUUUUCAUCUACCUCUUGACUUUCUAUAAAUUACAUACCUGUCUUACUGGGGAGGGAAAAGUCUGUUCAUUAAAUUUCAGCCAUAAGUGUGAAAUGCAGGAGGGUUCCCCCAAGACCCAACAUGGGUGAGAGUUAAGGAGGAAGCAUACCCAGUCUAGCCAUGCUAAGGUUGAUUGAGGAGUGUGUUGUAGGGAUGGCACUGACCCACCCCUCGGACACUUGCAAGGAUGACAUCUUGAAGUGGUUCUCCUCAUUCACUGUCACCAAGCAUCUAAGAAAAUGCUCACUGUAGUCAACAGGGAGUUUUCCAUUAGUAGAACAUCCUGCUAACAGCCUUCAAACUCUGUAAGCAGCUGUGCCUGCAGCCCAGCCCUGAUAGUAACUCCUUCAAAGCCUGAGUAGGGCUGCAGAUUUUUCCCAAGCUUCAGACUAAAGAUAGCACAUUUCAGAACCCUGAAUCUGCUAGAGAGUUGGCUCAGUUCUCUCCCUUGCACUUCAUCCUGCGUAUGGUCAAGCAACAAGCCCUGAGACAGAGCUAUCAGUUAUCAUCAUAUUGUUACUCAGUUUUGCUGUAGGUAAAGCCUGAGGGGUUUGGGGGUGUAACUAAAAUGACCAUGGGCUUUUAGCACUGAUUAGUGUUAUGCACUUUUUUGGCCAGUAUGUGACAGGAUGUUUUUACCCAGUUCUGAGAUGGCAAGAAUUCCUCUGUGGUAUGACUUCAGUCCCAACAGUGAGGGAGGACAGGGGGUGCUAUCUGCCUUUCUCCUUAGAAAGUCAGCAGAGAGCAGCCCAGUGAUUUGUGCCAUGCCAUCUCUGCCAUGCAGUAGGUAAGGGAUGCUUGGCAACACAAGUUGUCUUUGGGAAUUGCUCCACUGUCUAGAGGCCUGGAUGGUCACUGCCAGAAUCUUAAGAUCC